AUGAGAAACGAAAUGAGUGUUGGAACAUCGUCAGAUAUCAGAAAAGCAUCAAUACUUUGUCGCGAUGUGUAUCGGAAAUGUAGAGAGGCAGGUGCGGAAUAUGAGGAGAUUAGACGGGAAGUGAAGGGUUUGUAUGGGGUUUUGAGAGAGCUGAAGGAAGAGGAGGAAGAGAGGAAUGGGGAGUGGGAUGAGGGGAACUGGGGAAGGGUGGAGGGGAUUAUUGGGGAUUGUGAAGGGACGCUUAGACAACUUGAUGGAUUGUUGGGAAGGUAUGGGAGGAAUGGAGGCGGAAGAUUGGGAAGUAAUGAGAUGGAUCAAUUGGGUGGGAUUCGAGUGAGGUUAAUUUCGCAUAAGAAGAACGUAUCGCAUUUUCUCGAUUCGCUACUACACGAAGAUGAAGAUGGAGAUACAAACGGAACAGAAGGGUUAGACGGAAAGGGCGAAUUGGAUAUGUUAUUGGAUAAGGUGGAUGAUAUUGCAGCGGAUAGGAGUCGAAGGCUUGGGACUUCACAGAUGAUGGGUUCUGAGAAUGAGGAUGAGGAGGACAAUUUGCAGAUUUGGAAAUGGUUUAGGAGGAAUCUAAUUGAAGAGGGGGUUAACAGAGUAGUUCUGGAACGGCAUAAGGACGUUCUAAUUGCAUAUAUACGACAAAUGGAACAAGAUGGGCUACUAAACGAAAAUCCAUCUGCAUCUACACCUCAAACCAGUCCAAGAACUCAUUAUAAAGAACAAUGGGACUCUACAUAUUCCGAUUCAUCUCAUACACAAGCAGCACCAGCUUCAUUCGAUAAUACCGAUAUCAAUAUUGGGCGCAAUGACCCCGGAGCAAAAGAAAUGAUCCAACGAGAAGACAAUAUAAAAUUCCCCCCAGCGAUGAAAUUCCAAAGACCCAAACCCGAAUCUCUCGUCGACUCUUAUCCAUAUCCCGGACAAAAUAUAUCGUCAGCUCCUCAUCGACAAUUAUCACCUCCUCUAACUCCCAAAAUCUCAACCACAGAUCUCGAUAUAUCAAAAUCGCAAUGCGCAAAGGAUAUCAGCGGCUCAAAAUUAAACUCUGAGGAUAAUACGUCAUCGACGCAUCAGACGAUAUCACGAUAUCCAGUUAAUCCGAAUAAUGAUAAUACUUCAAUAAUUCAAACCUCGGAUCUUCUUUUGCUUCCUUGCUUUGCAACAAGUAAUCCUCAACUUCUUCCACCGUCUUCUCCGGGAAGUUGGAAUUCAAAUUUAAAUUCGUACUCAUAUCCUGAUGAACCUCCCAACAAAAAUAUACAAUCGCCUCAAUUGAAAACAAUGACACUUCGACCAAAACAUAGCUCGGACCCAGUCCAGAAAUCAUCACCGCGUACAAGUGGUGUUCGAUUCGAUCUUCCUGAUGCUAAUCAAUCAUCAAAAACCCACACACCUAGUAGUGGAAAUAAUCCACACGAUUCUACCAUUCCAAUCCCUAUUCCCACUUCUAUUCUAAAGUCAAAAAUUGCACCUGAUUCAUCCGGGCACGAAAUCCCUCAAGACGCAAAAUGGACAAAGGUUAAACGAUCUUUGAUAUCACCAGAAGUACUGAUGAAAGAUGGGAGAAGAUUCGAAGCUCGACCAGAAUUCGUAGCUAUCUUAGGAAUUCUCACGAAAGAGGAAAUUCAACAAUACGCUGAGCGCUCGCAUGUUUUGAGAGAAGAACGUUGGUGGAGAAACCAUCCUGAGCAGAGAGAAAGGAGGGAGAGGGGGGAAAGAAGUGAAAGAAGUAGAAGACGAAACUCAGGGGAUGAGGAGAGUUCUUCUUGCAGUUCUAAUUCUAGUUCGGAGAUGAGCUCGGAUUCAGAUUCAGAUAUAAAUGAGCAUAGAAGACGUGGUGAGAAAAGGAAUGGGGAUGCAAGAGGAAAAGGGAGAAGAGGUGAUGAAUGGGAAGAGAGGGGAGAAAGAGGAGAAAGAAAAGGAAGAUCGGAAAGAUAUAAUCGCAGAGAAAGAGAUCGUGAGGCAAAUUAUACUUUUGCUCCUCAAUCACAACCCCAGCCCCAACCUCAACAUUUCUCUGCUUCGCCAUAUUCUGCGUCAAAUAACUCACUUCCAGGAAGAGGUAUGGAUAUACCCGGAAUGAACCAAACACCAAAUGGAUACGCACCCCUGGGUUCUUUUCCCGGACAGCAAAACUAUCCCCAACAAGGAUAUCCACCACCUCCACAGCAGCAACCGCCCUAUCCAAUACAAAAUCAAUUUCCUCAACCUCCCUACCCUCAAGGACAAGGACCUCCACCAAUAAAUCAAAAUCAAUAUCUCUCACCGAAUCCCUACGCUCCUUACUCUACUUCUCCAUCUGGCGCCUCACCUACAUAUGCGCCCAAUCCUUCCUACUCCCCCCACAACUCCCGACGCCAUCAUUCUCAUUCUCAUUCCCAUUCCCAAUCCCGCUCUCCACAUUCUCAUUCUCAUUCUCACCACUCUCGCUCCCGCCGUUCUCGUGAUUCAGAUCCCAGAUCUUCAGAGCCGAGGAGACAAAAUUCAGGAACGACUAGUACACAUACGAGUUCGAGUACGAGUAAAUGGCGGGAUCACCUCGCUGCGGCGGGGAUAGGUGGAGGGUUGGGGGGUGCGGCGGUGGGAUUGUGGGAGGUGUUGAGUGAAGCUGCGGAGGGAUUUUAG